GCUAUGAGUUCAUGAAAUCAUCCCCUCAAAUUGCAACAAUGGAUAUUUCUGAUCUCGCCAAAUUUUUGAUCAAUUAUGAUUUUCAAAAAACCUUAGAUCUGAUGAAGCAUUUCCAGUCACUCACAAACAGCACAACCGAUCGCAGUUCUAAGGAUUCCUAUAAGCUAUGUUCAGAACUUUUUAGCCUUGGUAUCCAUUCGCUUGAAAUCGCUUUUAAAGCUUUGGCAACCAAUGACUAUGACACCUUAAACAGGACCGUUGGUAAUAUGUCUGCCUAUGCGGAGGAAUGUGGAAUCGAGCUGUCAAGUGUCAUCAAGCCUAUUCCACAGCUCUUAAAAGGGGUUUCUAUUGUCGAAAAUGUAGAUCUGAUGAAGCAUUUCCAGUCACUCACAAACAGCACAACCGAUCGCAGUUCUAAGGAAUCCUAUAAGAUAUGUUCAGAGCUUUUUAGCCUUGGUAUCCAUUUGCUUGAAUCUUCUCUUAAAGCUUUGGCAACCAAUGACUAUGACACCUUAGACAGGAACGUUAGUGAUAUGUCUGCCUAUGCGGAGGAAUGUGGAAGCGAGCUGUCAAGUGUCAUCAAGCCUAUUCCACAGCUCUUAAAAGGGGUUUCUAUUGUCGAAAAUGAGGAGAACGUGGAAGAAGAAGCCAUGGACUCUAUCGUCUCCAGUUCGACGAUUCUUAUUCAAUCAUAUCUCAAUCCUCCGGUUCGUUCAUGUUCAUCGGCAACCUCCGUUUCCGUCAAACCUCUGAGCUCAGUCCAGGUCACCUCCGUCGCGGCUAACCGCCACCUGCUUUCCUUAAGCUCUGGUGGUAGAAGAACCAAGAAAUUCUCUAGUUCGGCGAUAAGAUGCAGCGGAAUCAAAGAGAUUGGAGAGAGUGAGUUUUCGAGUACGGUUCUGGAAUCGGACCGGCCGGUUUUGGUUGAGUUCGUCGCUACUUGGUGCGGUCCCUGCAAAUUGAUCUAUCCCGCUAUGGAAGCCUUAUCUCAGGAAUAUGGUGACAAAUUGACGAUUGUAAAGAUUGAUCACGACGCUAAUCCAAAAUUAAUAGCGGAUUUCAAGGUUUACGGUUUACCGCAUUUCAUUCUCUUCAAGGACGGGAAGGAAGUUCCAGGGAGCAGAAGGGAAGGUGCUAUUACAAAGGCCAAGCUUAAGGAGUACAUUGACGGUCUCUUGAACUCAAUAUCUGUUGCUUAAUCGUCUCUCUUCCCACCGGUAUUCCUUUGUCUCAACACUGUAUUUUGUUUAAGCAAAUCUCUUCAAUUGUAAUCUUCAUCCCCCAUUUCUCAUUUGAUGUGUAUAUCUUGCAACGAAUUUUACGAAUAGAAAAGACUUGAGCUC